CACCGCUCAGAUUCCCAACUAACCAAUCAGAAGCGGCCCCAGAGAGAGCUAUGUGGUACCCGGAUGAUGAAGUUCAACACAGAGCAUCCUCCAGCUGCAACACAUCACAUCCCUCUGCUAUACAACAUUAGAAAUGGGGCGCAGAAAGUCAAAGAGAAAGCCACCUCCAAAGAAAAAAAUGACGGGUAACCUGGACGUCCAGUUCACCUGCCCGUUCUGUAACCACGAGAAAUCCUGCGAUGUCAAAAUGGAACGAACACGCAACACAGGAAUUAUAUCAUGCAGUGUUUGCUUGGAGGAGUUCCAGACUCCUAUAACCUAUCUGUCCGAGCCGGUGGACGUUUACAGCGAUUGGAUCGAUGCCUGUGAAGCAGCCAAUCAAUAGUCAUGUUUUCCUGUGACUCACCUUCUUUCUCUAACCUCACUUACAUUUCACCUCUGUGAUUGGUCCACCAAAAUAGGUCCUGUUCAGCUGGCACAAUGUAGCGAAAUCUUCACAAACAAUAGAAGCGUUAUGUUUUUUGCAGGACAGGGACAGUGUGCGACAUGUUUAGUUUAAUUUUGCUACAAUGUGGUUCGCUGAACAUGAGACGUUCCUCUGGCUGGGCCAGAGGGUUGCCAUGUUGUUUUGUCUACUUCACAGAUCUCAGUGUAAAAGUUUUCAUACGUCAGUGAUACAUUGUUUUUUGUGUGUUUUUUUUAUGAUUGUAUCGUAUUUUCUGUUUUUGAACUACAAUUGUCAUAAUUUGACUGAAAUGUUAAAACGUCCUUGUCCUCCGUCGGUAUUCUUUGUGUUUAUGAAUGAAGAAAAUAUGAAUCUCUUGUCUUUAGUUUAUUGUUAAUAGAUGAUAAUGACGCAAACAUGUUACUUUUGUGGAAGUAUUUUUUUAGUUUUUGACCCCGUCUCUUCUGCUCUGAAACAUUUUGUUGGUUGACAAAAAAUUUUCUUCAAACCUUUUGUUUUUUGGACCAGUAUAUAUAUAUAUAUAUAUAUAUAUAUUUGUACUGCUAGAUUUUAUGAUUUUCCUUUUCUUUUAAAAAUCACAAUCAUGUCAUUUCUAUUUUCCUUAUUUUUUUUUUUUUAAAUCACAAUCAUGUAAUUUGUAUUACACUACUUCUUUGUAUUUCACAUUUGUGUUUUUUAAGGUAAUGACGAGCAAUGAAGAGAAAAUUAAAUCAGAACCAUAUUU